AUGCUUUCCAAAAUUUUACUUCCUUUCGCUCUUCUCGCUAUUGCAGCUCAAGCUAUCCAAAUCACCACACCAAACAACUCGACAGGAUGGUCAAGCUCCGGUUCUCAAAUGAUCGAGUGGGACUCCGUUUCCACUGACCCUGGAAACUUCUCAAUUUACAUCUCACAACCUGGCUCGUCAGCCAAACAAGUCAUUCAAAAAGAUGUCAUGACUUCUGAAAAGUCGUUCAUCUACACUCCUUCUAAAGAUAUCUCGCCUGGACAAGGAUAUCAAAUCUCUUUCUUGGGUUCUUCAGAUAAUGGUAUUUUAGCUCAGAGUAAUCAAUUUGAAGUCAAGGAAGGACAAUCUACUCUCAGUGCCACUUCAACCGCUUCACUCACCACUACAGCUGUCACUACAGCUUCCCCAACUGGAGGUGCAUCAACCACUGCUGCUGGAUCAGGAUCUCAAACUUCAGCAGCUGCUAGUUCUGCCGCUGCAUCUUCUGGAUCUACUUCCGCAGGUCAACUCGUUACUAUCCCGUCUGGUGCUCUCCUUUUCGUAGCUGGAUUACUUGGCAUAUUCGCUUAA